AUGUCGUCCCAGAAGAAUCUGCUCCCACCUGCGGAUGUGUCUACCGCCGUGGAUGGUGCCAGCGGCCAUGCCACCAAUGGACACUCCAUCGGGCCAAAAAACCGGCGCCAGCAGCCAUUGCCAAAGUAUCCCAAGCCUUCCAAACCAGACACGCGGGCCAACCAGUCGCAUCUUACAGCAUGGUUGAAGCUCAGAGCCGCAUCGCGCCGACCGCUUCCGACCGAGAUGGGAGAUGGCACCUAUCGAUUGGUCAAGAGUCGCCCGACCCUUCUCCAAGACCUCAGGAGUAUGACGUAUGCCGAUUUCAAGACGAUCAAAGAUAUCGUCAAGGCCAAGUUGAAGCGGGAGACGCAGACGGAUGAUAAAACGAUGCUGAUGGAGCGAACAAUCCAGCUCGUUGCUGGGCUUCCCGACUUCUCCAGGCGCCAGGAGAUUUUGACAAACGACUUCAUUGACAAGCUGUGGUAUUCGCUGGAGCAUCCCCCGCUGCUUUACAUGGGGGACCAGUAUCGUUUCCGCCAAGCUGAUGGAUCCCACAAUAACCCAAUCAUGCCUCGUCUUGGAGCAGCUGGCACUGCCUACUCGAGGAGCUGCAAGCCACGAGGAAUGGGCCUCGGUGCCCUUCCGCCACCCGAGACCAUCUUUGAGUCCAUCAUGGCGCGAGAUGAAUUUCAGAAAAAUCCAAACAAUGUGUCCAGUAUCCUUUGGUACUGGGCCACAAUCAUUAUUCACGACUUGUUCAACUCUGAUCCCGCGGAUGGCAACAUCAACAACAAUUCGUCGUAUUUGGACCUGUCCCCGCUGUACGGAAACAGCCAAGAGCAGCAAGACUCUAUCCGAACCUUUGAGGAUGGAAAGCUCAAGCCCGAUGCAUUCGCGGACAAGCGCAUGUUGGGAAACCCACCCGGCGUCUGCAUUAUUCUUGUCAUGUUUAACCGAUUCCACAACUACAUUGCGGAAAACUUGGCUGCCAUCAACGAGGCCAAUAGAUUCCCGCAGCCAUCUCCGGAUUUGAGUCCAGAGAAGGCGCAUGAGGCGUGGAAGAAGUACGACGAGGAGUUGUUCCAGACGGCGCGCCUAGUGACGUCUGGCCUGUACAUCAACAUCACCCUCAUUGACUACGUUCGAAACAUUGUCAACCUGAAUCGAGCCGACACUACAUGGACGCUUGAUCCCCGACAAGAGAUGGGCGUGGCCGUGGGCACCAAAGAGGGCUCGCAGAGCGGCGUCGGAAACGCAGUCUCGGCCGAGUUCAACCUCUGCUACCGAUGGCACUCGUGCAUCUCUAAGCGAGACGAGGUCUGGAUGCAAGAGUUCUUCUCCGACCUGCUCGGCGGCGGCGACCAGGAGCUCGACUUGGCCGCCUUGCGGCGGGCUAUGGAAGCGCUUGAGAAGAAGCUCCCGCAAGACCCGGGCCAGUGCUGCUUUGGCGGCUUCACGCGCGGCGCCGACGGACGCUUCGACGACGACGAUCUGAUGGGGGCGCUGACGCUGGCCAUUGAAGAGCCUGGCGGCGCCUUUGGCGCGCGCAACGUGCCGCGCAUCAUGAAGCCGAUUGAGGCGCUCGGCAUCAUCCGCGGGCGCAAGUGGCACGUGGCCAGCCUCAACGAGUUCCGCAAGCAGUUCGGCAUGAAGGCGUACGACACGUUCGAGGAGAUCAACUCGGACCCGUACGUCGCCGACCAGCUGCGCCACCUGUACCAGCACCCGGACAACGUGGAGCUGUACCCGGGCAUCGUCGCUGAGGAGGCCAAGCAGCCCAUGGCGCCGGGCGUCGGCAUCGCGCCCACGUUCACCAUCUCGCGCGUCGUGCUCUCCGACGCCGUGGCCCUCGUGCGCGGCGACCGCCACUACACGACCGACUACCACACCGGCACCCUCACCAACUGGGGCUUCAACGAGGCCAACUACGACCUCGGCGUCAACCACGGCUGCGUCUUCUACAAGCUCUUCAUCCGCGCCUUUCCCAGCCACUUUCGCCAAAACUCCGUCUACGCCCACUACCCCAUGGCCACGCCGGCCGAGAACCGCAAGAUCCUCGCCAACAUGGGCCGCGCCGCCUGGUUCGACUUUGACCGCCCGGCGCGCGUCCCGGCCAAGGUCGACAUUGUCUCGCACCGCGCCUUCCAGCACGUCCUCGGCAACGAGACCACGUACCACCCGGCCUGGGAGCAAGGCCUCGGCUAUCUCAUGAACGAGCGCAGCCUGCGCGCCCUGCUGGCCUCGGGCCCGGACCUGCACGCCAUCCAGCGCGCGUCUGUCGGCACCGCGCUGUUUGGCGAGCCCUGGAAGGCCGCCGUCAAGGCGUUCUACACGCAGACGACGGACAGGCUGCUGGCGCAGAAGUCGUACCGGCUCGCGGGGCAGCCGCAGAUUGACAUUGUGCGCGACGUCGGCAACCUGGUGCACACGCACUUUGUCGCGCGCGUCUUCAACCUGCCGAUCAAGACCGCAGAGCAUCCUACGGGCGUAUUUUCCGAGCAGGAGCUGUUCCAGUUCCUGACCAUGAUUUACAUUUGCAUCUUCCUCGACUACGACCCCGUCAAGUCGUUCCCGCUGCGGCGCGCGGCCAAGGCUGCCUCGGCGCAGCUCGGCGCGCUCAUCGAGGCCAACGUCAAGCUGGGCCUCGUGUUCGGCAUCAAGGGCCUGUACGUCCAGUCGCUGAAGAAGGACGUGCUGGCGCGCUACGGCCACCAGCUUGUCAGGGCGCUGGCCAAGACGGGCCUCAACGCUCAUGAGAUUGCAUGGAGUCAGAUCCUCCCGACAGCUGGCGCGAUGGUGCCGAACCAGGCGCAGAUGUUCGCACAAUCGGUCGACUGGUACCUCUCUGCCGAGGGCGCGCCGUACCGCGACGAGCUGGAGCGCAUCGCGGCCGAGGAGAGCAGCGACGCGGGCGACGCGCUGCUUCUCGGCUACGCCAUGGAAGGCGUGCGCAUGGCCGGCACGUUCAGCCUGUACCGCACGGUAGCUGCGCCGGACACCAUCACCGACGACCAGGACAGCCCGGUGCCGGUGCAGCACGGCGACACCGUCUUCGUCUCGGUGACGCCGGCGACCAGGGACAGCGGACUACCUCACCCAGACAAGGUCGAUCCUCGACGGCCGCUGGACGCGUACGUGCAGCACGGGCUGGGCCCUGAGCUCUGCCUGGGGCGCGAGGUCGCGCAGACGGCCCUCGUGGCGCUGUUCCGGGCGCUGUUCCGCAAGAAGAAUCUGCGACGUGUGCCGGGCCUGCAGGGCGAGCUGAAGCGCCUGGUCAAGCCAGAUGGCAGCCACGGGUUCAUGACGGAGGAUUGGGGCACCGUGUGGCCGUUCCCGACGAGCAUGAAGCUGAUGUGGGAUGAUGAGUAG